GAUGGUGGAAGUUCGGAGUUGUUCUCAGUCUUACGUUGUCUAGUAUCAGGGCUACGCGUUAAGGCCCCGGUGACGGCAUCUGAUUUUGCGAGCAAGUGGGGUCCCAAAUUCGACAGCAGGACAGCGGGACAGCGGGACGCGUCCACUGCGUCAGUCCCACGAGUAGGCUGCAACGUCACUGUCAAUACCGCUGCCGCUGCUCCUGUCGCACAGCAAACAAUUCAACUCCAAAACCAAAUCAUUCCUUUGCUUUCUGCUCCAUCAAGCUUUCUCUUCUACAUCUUCCAAGCCCGGAAGACCAUCUUUUCUCCAGCAAUCAUGUCGAGAUCAAAUCUUGACCUAGUCAAUGAGUGCGACGGCUUUCCCUACCAUCAAGUCGACGCAAUUGCAUAUGCUCAGCACGUCGCUACCUACUACCACUUCCAAGUCGAAGGCUUUGAAUGCACGAUAGGCUACCUUCUUCCGUCUGUUGCUGAGGUGCUCCGGGGGCUUCCGAACUGGGAACUGGACGAUGACGAACGGACCAUAACCCUAAUUGGAUGCAACAAUGCACCAGAGAGAACUGUGGCUAUGACUGCCACCGCCAUGGCUAUGAAGGCUACUGGACACUUCAAGGUGUUGGAGAAAUGGAGGAACGAGCAGUACGGCGUCUACGGACCUCGACAGCAGCUCUUAUUCGACCUCGAGAGGUCCGCAACCCCAUUGUUCGGACUUGUCACAUACGGGGUACACAUGAACGCAUAUGUCAAGUCAAAAGCCGGUGAGCUGAAGAUUUGGAUUCCACGCAGAGCAAAGACGAAGCAGACAUAUGGUGGCAUGCUAGACAAUGCUGUCGCCGGCGGAAUAUCGAGUGGAGAGAAACCCUACGAAUGUCUUGUUCGAGAGUCGAGUGAGGAGGCAUCACUGCAAGAGGAUAUAGUCAGGAAGAACGUAAAGGCAGCUGGCACCGUAACAUAUUUCUACAUCCGCGAUGAGCGCGCCGGAGGCGAGACCAAUCUUCUGCAACCCGAAUGCCAAUACGUCUAUGACCUCGAACUCCCCGAGGACGUCAUCCCAAAGCCCAACGACGACGAAGUAGAGCAGUUCUAUUUGUGGACCGUCGGCGAAGUUCGAAAAGCGCUGGCUCGAGGAGAGUUCAAGCCAAACUGCGCCAUGGUUAUGCUGGACUUUUUCAUCCGCCAUGGUAUCAUAACGCCAGAGAAUGAAGAUGAUUACAUCGAGAUCGUAUCGAGACUGCACCGUCGACUGGAGUUUCCGACUCUUUAAGGGUAUAUCUUACGUAGAUCUUCACCAAGAAAGUGCCAAUCUUCGUUAUAGCUGGGGUAUAACUCCCGAAUC